AUGGCCUCAACCACCCAACCGAAGAAUGGCCAGAUCAGAGUCAUAAUAAUCGGCGCCGGCCUCGGUGGCUGUGCCGCCGCAAUGGCAAUGCACCACCAAGGCUUCCAUGUCACCGUUUUCGAAAAGAUCAAGAAAUUCUUACGUCUAGGGGAUUCCCUAGGUCUCGGAGAGAACGCGUUAAAACUCUUGAAGAGAUGGGGUCUUCAUGAACAGCUUAUAAAUAUUGGGAAUAGAAGUCCUGAUAUGCAUAUUAGACGGUGGAGCGAUGGUAAGAUUUUGGCUACACAGCCUUUGAUGGAUAUGGCUGGGUAUAUCGGUCAUAGAGGGGAUUAUCAUCAGGCAUUUUUGGAUAGAGUCGCGGAAUUGGGGAUUGAUAUUAAGAUGGGCCAUAAUGUUGUGGAGUUUGACGAGGACAGACCGGCAGUCAAGUUGGAGAGUGGGGAGUGGAUUGAGGCGGAUAUUGUGAUUGGAGCAGAUGGUAUCAAAUCGCAAACCCGUGAAUUGGUCCUCGGCUUCGCAGAUAAACCCAAAUCUUCGGGUUACGCCUGUUACCGCGCCUACUUCAAAGGCGACAUUCUCCGUUCGGUCCCAGAAUGCCAACCAAUUCUGGUGAAAGACUGUGUCAACAUCUGGAUCGGACCAGAUAUGCAUCUUGUCCAAAACACUCUUAGGGACGGUGAAGAGUUCAACUGGAUUCUUACCCACAAAGACGACGAGGACAUCAAAGAAUCCUGGUUCCAACCCGGCGACAUGGACAAAGUGAGGGAACUAGUUAAAGACUGGGAUCCAAUGGUAAUCUCCGCAGUCAACGAAACGAGGGAAUGUUUGGAUUGGAAGAUCUGUUAUAGAGAUCCAAUCCCAACGUGGGUCAGCCAGAGCCAUAAGAUCGCAUUGUUGGGAGAUAGCUGCCACGCGCACUUGCCGACUAGUGCACAGGGGGCCAGUCAAGCGACGGAGAGUGCAGCGGUGCUUGCGCUAUGUUUGAAGCUGGCAGGGAAAGGGAAUGUGCCGCUUGCGACGAGAGUUUAUGAGAAACUCAGAUUCGAGAGGGUCAGACAGGCACAAUUGAAUGGAGAGGAUGUGAGGGAUAGGUGGCAUAACUGUCUAAAGGAUUUGGAGGAGGGCAAAGAAGUCGAUCCUGAUGAUGUGAAAAUGAAGAAUCGCUGGCUCUAUGUAUUUGACGCAGAAGCCGAUACUUUGGAGAAAUGGGACAAGGUGUCCGAGCUAGUCAAGAAGGAGCUCGAGGAAGGCCAGAUCACACCGCUGUUCGACGACCAAACAGGGCCUACCCGUGACCUGGAGCUCUACGACGCCUUUGGCAAUAGAAAGGAGGAGUCAAAGUAUAUUCCCAAGAAGCAACAGCCCGUCGCGGCGCAUUAA